UUUGACAAAGAAAAAUGACGGACAGUCAUAUGAACCAGUAAUUUAUCGCCAGAGUUGACAAUGACCAAUAAGAUUGAAGCCAUUGACUGGCCGCUAAAUUGAACUCAAAUGAUGCAGAAGAAUCGAAAUGGACGAUGUCUAUUCGAUAAAAUAGUAAUGUGUAUUUGCAGAACCAGCAUGACAUGCCAAUGAUGCCAUUAAAAUGGACAAGUAUGAAAGGGUGACGAAAAUUGGGGAAGGUUUAUUUGGAAAGGCUUUCCUUGUCAAAGCCAAGAAAGAUGGACACCAAUAUGUCAUCAAGGAGGUCAGCAUUUCUGGGAUGUCAGAUAAAGAGAGACAAGAAUCACGGAAAGAAAUUGCAGUUCUUGCAAACAUGAAUCAUCCAAACAUUGUUCAAUAUAAGGAGUCUUUUGAAGAGUCGGGGUGUCUGUAUAUUGUUAUGGACUACUGUGAAGGUGGAGACCUCUUUAAGAAGAUCAAUUCUCAGAGAGGAAUGUAUUUCUCAGAGGAGCAAAUCCUGGAUUGGUUUGUGCAGAUUUGUUUGGCAUUGAAGCACAUCCAUGAUAGAAAAAUCCUUCAUAGGGACAUUAAAUCACAGAACAUAUUUUUGACAAAAGAUGGGACUGUGCAACUUGGUGACUUUGGGAUCGCAAGGGUGCUUAACAGCACAUUAGAGCUAGCAAGAACAUGCAUUGGAACCCCUUAUUACCUUUCACCAGAGAUCUGUGAAAAUAAACCAUAUAACAACAAAAGUGAUGUUUGGGCUCUGGGCUGUGUCUUAUAUGAAAUGUGCACCCUAAAGCAUGCAUUUGAGGCUGGAAAUAUGAAGAACCUUGUUCUGAAGAUCAUCCGUGGCUCAUAUCAUCCUGUGUCUCUUCAUUACUCCCAAGAACUGCAUUCUCUUUUGGCACAACUUUUUAAACACAACCCCAGAGAAAGACCAUCAGUCAGCUGUAUACUGGACAAACCUUUCCUUUCUUGCAGAAUCCAAAGGUUCCUCAAACCACAGGAGAUUGCUCAAGAAUUCCAUCAUCGUUUUAUUUACAAGCAGCAUAAAGUAGGUGCGCAUCAGGGAUCACUAGGCAAGAUUACCACACCAGCAUGCAAAUACGGAGUGCCCUUAACUGCGACGAAGGUUUCUGUAACAAAGAAAACUGCUGACAGGAAGCCUGCUGUUAAACAAAAACCGGCUCCUGGAUCCAUCCACAGAAGAGUAAAUCAAGGGGAGGAAGAGCUGCGAAUACAGGAGGUGAUCAAAAAAAGAAGGAUGGAUCUGAUUGAUAAAGAAAAGCAGCACAAAGAGCAGAUUAGUCGCAUCAACCAUGCCAGAGAGCAAGGCUGGAAAAAUGUCUUGAUAUCAAGUAAUGGAAGCCCAGAGAGAAAGUGUUAUUUAGGUGGUGGAAGGAGAGCUACUGCUGUUGGCCCUAGCCCUGUCCCAAGCUCUACUCCGGCCUGUGUAUUGAGGAGAAAUCCUUGUGAAAAAUACCACAUUGCUCUUGACCAAAUGGAAAAACAACAAUCAAAUGAGAUGGGAAUCAGGAAGGGGGGGUCAGCUGUACCAGGCACUCCCAUUCGUAAUGUGGCAGCUGCUCCUGGGCCAGUGCAUCCAAAUGGUCCUUCCCCACUCAUGAACCCAGAUGCAGUGAAAAGAGAACUACUGAGAUUGCAGCACCUUUCCAAACAACCCCAUAUGAGCAGACAGAAGACUCGCAUACAUAUUGACCGGGCAUACCACGUUGAGGAGUUUUUACAGCGUAAAAGAGAAGCCAUGCUCAACAAAGUACGGGCCGAAGGACAAUUAGGUAAUCGGCAAAACCGGGAAGCAAUCUAUGGAGGCCAAGUUGGUUCAGCUCGAUUUACAAGCAAAGUCAACAAAAAGGAGGAGGAAUAUUUAACAAGACUCAGGCAGAUUCGCUUGCAAAAUUUCAAUGAGCGCCAACAGAUAAAAGCCAGACUAAGAGGUGAAAAGAUUGAGAGUGAUGGUUCAGAAAGUCAGGAGUCAAAUGAGGAGGCUGAAUUAAGGAGAAAAAAGAUAGAGGCUUUAAAAGCCCAAGCUCAUGCACGUGCUGCUUUACUAAAAGAGCAACUAGAGAAAAAGAGACUGGAGGCUAAUGAAAGAGAAAAGAUGGCAUGGGAUGACCAUGUUGCAGCUCAGGAAAAGAGGAUUUGUGUGGCAGCACUAUCAACUACUUCUCAACCAACAACUGUCAAAACCUCAGCCUUGCCAGAAUCUGAACCCACGACUCCUCUUAUAUCCAUGACUGUUGCCUUGAAGAAUAUUGGAGCAAUUACACCAUUAAAACAGAACUUGCCAGUUACAGAGGCUGUCGUAGUCAUUCAGAGUGAAAAGAAGCAGAUCUUGAACAGACUUAAUCAGGAUCGAAAAGCUCAAAGCCCAGGGAAUGAUCCCUUGGAGUCGACAGCAACUUCCCCAAAAGAGCAAAAAUCUGCAUCCCAACAGAUAUUGCCUGACACAGAGAAGCUUCCUUCCAUUAAAGAACGAAACAAGCUGCAUCAAGUAGAACUCCCUGUAUGUCAUACCUCACAGCCAACCAUGGAGGAGGUCAAUGCAACUGCUUCCAAUCGUCCUUCUGGUGCAGACAGGAAAAAAUGGGAGGAAAGACUUCCGUUUGUUCUUUCUGUAGCCCAGCAAACUCUAGAGGAUACAUGCAUCCAAACAGCCCAGCAAACUCUAGAGGAUACAUGCAUCCAAACAAUAGAACCAACAGCUGGUGAAGUGAUGCAGACAUGUGUGCUCCAAGGCGAAGGUCAAAGGAAGGUGUGGGAAGUGAGUCCUGACUGUCAAAUAUUGAAAGUACUCCAUGAGGCAGCGGUUCAGCCGCUCACCCAACUUUUAGAGACAGUCACCUUCUGUGAAGAGGCUUUCCCUAGCAGUGAUAAGCCAAACCAGACUGUCACACAACAUGCAAUGAGUACACCUGAAGAGUACAGCACCUCCAAAGAUAGCACAUCUUCCAUUGUUGAGGUUAAGGUGCAGACAAAAUAUGUUGCUACAACAAAGGCCUCGCAUCCAGAAAAUGUUCUUGAAAAGGCUGGCAACACCCGGCCAUCAACUGCUACUGAGAUUCAGUAUCCAGAAGAUGUGGAAUCAUUAAUGUUGGAGGACGUUCCUAAAGCAUCACACUCUUCGGUGAGCCUGCAUCACGAAUGGGAGAAGCAAGACCAACAGCCAAUGUUACCUGAGGUCAGUUCAAACCAAGAAGCAGCAGCAGCAGUGAAGAAGGAGGUUUUAUCACAGGAUGAAGAGCGCCUGUUUAUGAAGUUGUGCUCUCCGGCUCACAAACGCACAUCUGCACUUGUCCGACUUUCAGCUCAGUCUUCGAUGGAUGAAUCUUCUUCUCUCACCUCUCGCUCACGCUCAGUUUCACCUCUGCGCUCCAAACAUCAAAACUCUCUCCUUAUUGGGCUCUCAACGGGCCUUUUUGAUGCCAACAACCCUAAGAUGUUGCGGACAUGCUCCCUUCCAGACCUCAGUCAAGUCUUCAGCUCUGAGGACUUUGUCAUUACUACUGAAGACAAUACAACUCGAGACGGGAACCUGAAGAAUGAGGACCUGAACAAACCUGAUGAGCAGUCAGAGACAGAGGAUGCAUAUGAGGAUGAAGACCUGCGGGAGAUCAGAGCAUCCAUGGAGCGACUGCUGCAAGAAGAAAGUGACCUAAUGCAGAACAUAACACAUUAUGGAAGAGGCGACUUUAAAGGAAAUUCUACAGUUGGAGAUGAAAAAGACCUUUUCAACAGGCUCAUAGGAAAACUUGAGCAAGACAACAAUCAAAUGGUUGAAGGUGGUGGUGGUGAUGAUGAUAAUGAUGAUGAUGUUGACGAUGAUGGUGAUGAUGAUGAUGAUGAUGAUGACAACGAGGCGGAUGAAGAGGAUGCAGAAUGCUUGAAUGGGAGUCCGAGUGAUGAGGAAGCAAGAGAGCCACUCAGCAAUGGUGUGGAAGAAGAGAGCCACGUGAAUAAAAGUCAUUUUAAUGAAGAAUGGCAUUCAGAUAACACAGAGGAGGACCAGGAGGGAGAGACAGAGCUUUAUGAUAGCAUUUACAGUCGUUUGGAGGAGCAUCGCUUUAAUUUGGAGCAGCAGAUGGGCUUUGAAAAGUUCCUUGAGGCCUACAAUAAAAUUAAAGCAAUACGUGAUGAUGAAGAUGAUAAUAUUGACCUUGGCUCCAGUUUGGCAUUAAGCAUUUUGGGAACAGAGCACCAGCAUCUAUAUCCCAACAUCCUUCAUCUUGUGAUGGCAGAUAGUGCAUACCAAGAAGAAUGAACUGGCCGUUGUGAGGCGCUGCAAAAGAACCUGGGAGCAAGCCCGACAGAUGCUAUCGCACAAGGGGUGCUCCUAUAAGGCUGCGGUGGACCAUAAGAGGGUGCCAGCACCAGUUUACAGGGUGGGUCAGCGAGUCUGGUUGUCACCUAAAGCCUUUCCACUCUGAGUGGAAUUGCGGAAGCUCACUCCCAGGUUCGUCAUUCCAUUCCCGAUUACCAAGGUCAUCAAUCCAGUCACCAUGAGAUUGAGACUUCCAAAGUGGAUACGGGUCCACCCGACCUUUUAUGUUAGCCUUCUCAAGUCUGCUCAGAUGUCUUCAUUGGUUCCGGCCCACAAGGAGGUUCGAUCAGGGCCGCAGGAUAGUUUAAAAGUGAAAAAAUCCAUAAAAGACACUGACUAAAUAUUUUUAAUAAAAUGCAAUUUGUGGAUUAUCCGCAUACUGUUUUGAUCUGAGUAAAAGACAACAUUGUUUUGAUCAGAGAAGAAGACAACAGCGUGCACUUGUACAAGCCAAAAGAUGCCAAGUAUCAGGAACAAAAACAAGUCCAGACUAAACCAAGUUUCUUUCAGCUUGUCCCGUUAGGGGUCGCCACACCGUGUCAUCUCAGAUGAACGCUCAUAUUUGUUUGGCAGUUUUUACGCUGGAUGCCCUUCUUGACUAACGCCUUGAAAAUGCUGCCUUAGAUACUGUUUGCAUUGGAAAAAAUACAGCUCUGUGAAGAUGAAUCCUUACUGUGACAAUUUAAAAAAAAGUUAUCUGCGUCGUCGUGGUCAUGCCUUUCCUUGACCUGGUGCGCACCUGCUCCAACAAGCAGAUGUGUUCACCUCCCUCUUGUUUCUCUUGUUUCACUUUCUUGUUUCGGUCCUGAUAUAUUGCCACACAUGGUCCUUGCCAGAUCGUUGUACUUUCUUUCAUGUCACAUUUCCAUUUCCUUGUCCAUGAUGCUCUGUGUAUCAAACUCUGCCUUGUUCAUGAUCCUGCGUCUCCGCCUAGUGAUUCUGACACGUGCUUGUUUGGACUGCCUGCCUGUGUACUGACCUUGGACUGAAUAAAUACGCUCACCGAACUGUACCUGGUCUCGUGAGUCAUGCAUUUAGGGUUCAGCCUCGUUUUCUGGUCAUGACAGACCCCUAUGGAGAUCAGCUAUUUUUCAUCCCUGUAAUUACAAGGAACAGAAAGUUAAGUGCCACAAACGGUGAAUCCUAAGAUAGUUGAUUAACUCUUGGUGAAUUUCACCAAGAAAAUCUCAAAUGUCAUGUAUACUGUUGCUCCUGGUAAAACUAGGACUAUCUUGAGACAACAUAGAAAAACGGAGUGGAACACAAUGAUGGUCAAGAGCUUGAAAUCAAAGUGUAGGAAAGCGACUACGAUUGACUGACCUCUACAGACAAAGGCUUUGUUAUUUUAACCAAGCAUUAGUCAGGGCUAGACAACAACACUUUUCUGAAAUAAUCAGUAAGUACUUUAACAAUACUCGUACUCUGUUUGCGGUGCUUGACAAGUUCACAAACCCUGCCCCCGGAUCAGAUA